AUGGAUUAUAUAAAUAAAUAUCAUUUUUAUACUUAAUAUAAAGGUUAUUUAUGUGAGAGAAUAAAAACCAAAUUUUUUGAUUUUUCUGUUGAUCAAAGUGGUUAUUACUAAGGAAUAUAAUAAAAGAAACACCUACUUUAAAUAAGGCUGUUCAUUAAUACUUUUCAAUCGUAAAUAGAGAGUAAGAUAAUAAGUAAUCUAUUGAGGAUAUAACUUGGAAGAAAUUUAAAAAUAUAAAACAGGAUCAAUGAAUAUAUAAUGAAGGCUAGACUUUUAUAAGAAAAUAUUAAUGAUGUUUUAGCAAUAAUAGGCAUUAUUUGA